CGGACAUAAAUGACGAGAACAGGUUGUUUACACCGGAAGCGCGGGUCUUCUGUGAGAGAUAGAAUAUUAGCAAGCAAUUGUUGUCCACAAGGUUGACCUAAUGUGAAAAAACGGGAAAGGCUAUUAUGUUAACGAUUACGUUUCUAGAUUAGUGGCGUGAAUGCUGGAAGUGUGUUUACUCAAUAAUGUUGGUCGGCUACAGCAGCAGCUCGGACGAUGAAACUGAAGCUGGUGGUGAAGAUGCGGUCAUAACUGGGGACAGUAAAAGUGCUAAAUAUCAUGAAAAGUCUCGGCAGGACAAGGAUGACGACGACUGCCCGUCGACGAAAAAGCAGAAAAGUGAGGAAAUAUAUCCUACAACAAGACUGCCUAUCCCUGGUUGUUUACUCGCCAUGUUUCCAGACGAUGUGGACCCACAGGACGAGGACAGCUUGCUGCAUGGUGGCCGUGUCCGCUCUUUUAAACACGAGAGAGGAAACUGGGCCACCUAUGUUUAUUUUCCAUACCAACCUGAAGAGAAGUUUGAGGAGCUGAUGGAAGAGCUUCUUUCGACAGCAGCUGCCUUUGGUGUGAUUUUGAACCCACAAGAGGAACUCCAUCUCAGCCUCUCUCAGACAGUGGCGCUAAAACACCACUGGAUCCUGCCCUUCACACAGAGUCUCAAGGCAGGCCUGGCCCGCUGCAAAAGGUUUGUGUGCUCAGCAAGCAGACUGAAGGUCUAUUGUAAUGCUGAGAAGACAAGGACAUUCCUAGGGAUGGAAGUGCUAAAUGGACACACUCACUUACUGGAUCUGAUCCGAGUGGUUGAUAAAACAAUGAUAGAAUUUCACCUGAAUACUUUUUAUCAGGAUCCAUCUUUCCACGUGAGCCUGGCCUGGUGUGUUGGAGACUUCACUGCGCAAUUGAGGAAGUGCCUUCAAGAGCUUCAGAAUGUGGUUGACAAUCAUGAAGAGGGGCCGUAUUAUAUGUGCUUAGACUGUACAGAACUGCGCUGCCGCACAGGAAACAAGACUUUCAGAUUUUCUCUGGAUACGACGCAGUACCAAGGACCACCAAACAAAUAGACACAAGGGAGUUUGGGGAUGUUUUUUUUUUUUUACACCUUGCAGUAACGCCUAAUCUACAACUAGAAAUAACCAAUAAAGUGUAAUAUUUUUUAAGAGACAA